AUGGAUACCCAGGGCUGCCCCACGACUGUGUCUUCAACCCCACCCCCAAACCACUGUGGAAUUACAAAUCCGAGGACCAUCUCUUCUAACCGCGGCUGCCAUCACAGUGAUGCUGAAGUCACCAGCAUCCGGCCAACUAGUGAUGUUCAGAGAAUUCCCCAGGGCCGAAGCUGCCAACCCCCUCCACGCCUCCGCCGGGUCCCCAUGUACCUGCUAAGCAACUUCAAUGGCCGGGCCUCCCUGGAUGACUGUAGCUGGUGUGGUGAAGGCAUCAACAGUCAUGAGAGAGAGACCAUGCAGAUUUUAAACGACCGCCUUGCUAGCUACCUAGAAAAGGUGCGGAUGCUGGAACAAGAGAAUGCUGAGCUGGAGGGUAAAAUCCAGGAGGAGGAUAACAAAGAGCUUCCCAUCCUGUGUCCUGAUUACCUCACCUACUAUGCCACCAUUGAAGGGCUCCAGCAGAAGAUCUUGUGUACCAAGGCUGAAAAUUCCAGACUGGUCUCACAAAUUGACAAUACCAAACUGGCUGCAGAUGACUUGAGAGCCAAUUAUGAAGCUGAGAUGUCCCUACACCAGCUGGUGGAGGCCGAUGCCAAAGCCCUGCAAAAGAUCCUCGAUGUACUGGCCCUAAACAAGGCUGACCUGGAGGCCCGAGUCCAGUCUCUGAAGGAGGAGCUCCUGUGCCUGAAAAACAGCCACCAAGAGGACAUCAGUUCCUUACAGUGCCAGCUUGGAGACAGACUCAACAUUGAAGUAACCUCUGCCCCUUCAGUGGACCUAAACCAAAUUCUACAAGAAAUGAGAUGUCGAUAUGAGUCCAUCAUGGAGACCAACCGUAGAGACGUAGAACAAUGGUUCAAUGCACAGAUGGAGGAGCUGAGUCAGCAGAUGGUGAGCAGCUCUCAACAACAGCAAGAAAGCCAGAAGGAGAUCAUAGAACUGAGGCGCACCAUGGCCACUCUGGAGGUUGAACUGCAGGCCCAGCACCGAAUGAGAGAUUCCCAGGAGUGUAUCGUGGAGGAGACAGAGGCCCGCUAUACAGCCCUGCUGGCCCAGAUCCAGGGCCUGGUUCAUCACCUAGAGGCUCAGCUGGCAGAGAUCCGGAGUGCUUCAGAAAGGCAGAACCAAGAAUACGAGAUUCUGCUGGACACCAAGUCCCGGCUGGAGUGUGAGAUUGCCACCUACCGCAGCCUGCUAGAGAGCUCCGACGGCAAGUUCCCAUGUCAGCUCUGUGCCGCCAAAUGUGAGCCUUCCAUGGAUACAUCCCAGAGCACCAGAGCCAUGGAAUGCGCUGCUGCCCCAGUUUAUACAUCCUCAGUUCCUCGGGGGAUACUCAAGCCUCAAAGAGUCUGCGGCCCCCCAUCCCGGAUCCUGGUGAAAAUACGCACUAUCACCAAGGAGAUCAAAGAUGGGAAGGUCAUUUCGUCUCACGAGCAUGUGCAGCCUUGCUACAUCACCAGAUCUGCCAAAGCCUAA